CUCAGCUGUCAUAACCCGUCUUAUGUCCGCGGUGUCGGUUACAUUACGCUAGCCAGCAAGCUCACUACGUUAGCUAACAUUAGCUCGAUGCGGCUAAUUGCCGGUUAUUUUAAUAAGCCACAAAGUAUCAGGGUAUUCCGUCUUGACAGGCAGCCAAAUUCAUUUUGAGCUACUCAUUAUUAUGUUUUUAACAUCGUGGGAGCUAUGGAAAACGUGUUUGGAGUGUAUAUCCAGACCUUGUACGGUGGCUGUCUGCACAUUCACCGCCGCAGUGUGGUAUCUGUGGGGCCGCAAGGUCCAGACACCAGUCCUGGUGUGCAGCAAUGCCUUCCGCACGUUCCUGCAAAAGCACUGCCCUGUGGUGGCUGAGCGUUACUGUCCCACUCCCUGGUGCUGGGGAGGCCGGCUACAAACCCUGGUCCAAGCCUUCAUCAAAUCCAGACCCUCUGUCAGCUAUCGCAAUGAGCUGAUCCGUACAGCUGAUGGAGGCCAGAUCUCUCUAGACUGGGUGGACAAUGGGGCCAGUGCGGCCUACCCAGAAUCCUCCACUCGCCCCACUGUGCUGAUCCUGCCGGGCCUGACGGGGAACAGUCAGCAGCCCUAUGUGCUCCAUGCCAUUAGCCAGGCAACCCGGCGAGGAUACAGAUGUGUGGUCUUCAACAAUAGGGGCUUUGGAGGGGAGGAGCUACUGACUCCCCUGACCUUCUGCGCUGCCAAUACCUCAGAUCUUGAGCGUGUGGUCCUCCAUGUUAAAGAGCUCUUCCCACAAGCCCCUUUACUGGGUGCUGGUGUGUCUCUGGGAGGCAUGUUGCUGUUGAACUAUCUGGCCCGGAAAGGCAGCGAGUCAGGACUGGUGGCCGGCAUCACGUUGUCUGUCGCCUGGAAUACAGUGGAGUCCACAGCCUCUCUGGAGCAACCAAUCAACUGGCUGCUCUUCAACCGACACCUCACAGUCAACCUGUGUCAAGCUGUCAACAGGCACAGGAAGAUGCUGGAGAAAGUGGUGGACAUUGAUUACGUGAUGAAGGCGCGAAGUAUCCAUGAGUUUGACGAACGCUACACAUCUGUGCUGUUUGGUUACAAAUCUUGUCUGGACUACUAUUAUGAUGCAAGCCCAGACUACAAGCUCCCCAGGACAGCCGUGCCCAUCCUGUGCCUCAAUGCUGCGGACGACCCCUUCUCUCCCAAACAUGCCUUCCCGUUGGCCCUAGCCAAACACCUGCCUAAUGUUGCCCUGUUGGUGACAGCCCACGGCGGGCAUAUAGGCUUUUUGGAGGGCAUUUUCCCCCGGGGUGAGGGCUACAUGGACCGCUUGAUAGGCCAGUACAUCGAAGCAGUUUUUGAACACCCAGGAGACCUGAAGAGGGCCUGCAGCAUCAAACAGGAAUGAAGGGCCAAUCAUCUUUCACACCCUCAUCACCCUCGCCGUAUUCUGAACCUGUCCAAAUCACUGCCAGGAGCAACAGAGAAGGUGGAGUCCUUGGUGCUACAUCAGAAACAAAAUUAGAAAAACAGUUUUUUCCAGCUUAUCAGUUUUCCUACUCACAGAUUGUAGCAUCUCCUCUGUGUCUACACAUGAAGUGACCAGCCUGACAUGUAACCUCUUGAUUGCACUGCAACUCUGUCGAUCUACCUCUUCAUCAUCUCAGGCUCUCAUUCACUGACCAGUUAGAGACAUUAUAACACAGUAGAAUCAAGCUGUUGAAGUUGUUUUCCCUGUAUUCAAGGUAAUCACAAGCUGAUGCCUUAUAUCUAUAUACAAUGUCAUUUUUAAUCAAAAUCGUUUCCCUGCACCAGUCUCUCAUCAGAGUAGGGCUGUGUGAUGGACUAAAACUUCUGUCACGAAAUGGAUCAUUUCAUAUUUUGAUAAAAAUACAUAUCAAACAAAUUUGAUGAAAAAAAUGUCUCCAAAUUAACCACAUGCAUCAUGAUUACUCUUUGUAGUAAUUUUGCAUUCAAGAUGACUAUAGUGAUAGAGACGAUAGAGGAAAAUCACCACUGAAAGACAUUUUUCUCUCAUCCCACGAUAUAUGUCAUUAUAUCGCACAGACCUACAUCAGAGUGCUGUCAUCACAGCUACAAAGGCCCAUUCUGGGUAGCAUCCAUCUAUUCUCUAUACCAACUUAUUCCUCAUCAGGUGUAUGUGUGGCUUGAGCCCAUCCCAACAUGCACUGGGUGGAAGGCAGAGAAAACCCUGGACAGACUGGCCUUUGGCAAUUUAGAGAAGGGCUGAACAAUUAAUCAACAUAUUAUCAAAGUCACAAUGUCUAAACUGCAGGAGGUGAUAUUUUUUGAUAGAAGUAAAAUGUGUGUCAAGUGAAGUAUUGUGGUGCCCUGGCCUACAAAUUGUGGGCCAGUUUAUUUAAGUGACAAUGAAAAUUAAGAUGCAUCAUUUAUCUGUCUCAUGGAAAUUGUGAAUCACAUUGCAAUCACAGUAUCUGUCAAAACAGUUGGAAUAUGACCAACUCAUGUGACCUGCAUGUCUUAGGGCUCUCCCAUUUUUGCUCCCUCUUUUUUUUUAGUGAGCAAGCUGGCAGCUUGCACACUCACGUUCUUCCUACUAUUUCUUU